CUUGAUAUACCUCCGUAAUACAUUAUCAGACAUACUUAUUGCUAUAACAUGCUGGAAGAGUGGCUUUAUCGACGAUUGAUUACCUCGCCUCGGUUUCAUUACUAUGUCCGUGUUUUCCAUGCAAUGGUGAAUAAUCUUCCUCCACCACAACCUCCAAGACAUAUGCGUGGGCCGCAGCUAAAGACUGGAAAAGGAAAGGUAUAUAAUGCCACCACUUUUAAGCCGACAACUGCGCAAAAAUGGAAUGCGUACCUCAAAAUUUGGAAAGAGGAAAUGAAAGACUCUUUUCUCUUCCGGAAAUGAUCUAUUAAUAUUCAAUCAGCUGUUUAUAAAAAUUAAAAGAAUUGUUUAAAUUAUAUAUAGAAUAUACACCGUGUACAUUUAUAGUAUUACACAAAAUAUUAGAAUUGGGAAGUAGAGAAGGGA